AUGACAUCGGCACUAGAAAGAAUUCAACAGGAUUGCAUCGGUAGUGGGCCAUUUGGUGUGAUCGUGGACAAAACAUCCGACAUUAGUCGUCAUGGGCAAGUCUCCAUAUGCCUUAGUUUUAUCGCAGAUGGGGUUAAAAAAGAAGCUUUCGUCGGCUUUUACGAAACGAAAACAACCGAUGGCAAAACGCUAUACAAUCUGAUAACGAAGGCGAUCUCCGAUCUCAACCUGGACUUGAUCAAUAUAGUUGGUGAAUGUUUUGACGGUGCAGCAAACAUGAGUGGCAAAGAAAAGGGAGUAGCCGCUCGGAUGAAGGACUGUUCUCCACAUGCGAUAUAUGUGCAUUGUUACGGACAUUUACUUAACCUAGUGUUGCAAGACACGAUGACAGAAGUCAAAGCACUGCGUAAUGCACUUGGAACAAUUCAGAGUUUAGACAAUCUCCUUGAGGCAAGUUCGAAACGGCACGCCAUGUUCGGUGAUAUUGAAGUUGAACGCGAUCAUUUGAUGUUGACUCUUAAAUCCCAAAGUGUAACGCGUUGGUCUUGUCGAUGGGAAGCGGUCAAGGCUGUCACUGAACAGAUUGAGCGAAUUGUGAAGGCCCUCAUUAAACUGGCCAACGACAAAGACGCUAAAACAUAUUCCGAUAGCAGAGCUCUUCUAAAUGCCAUCUGCGAUUUUGAGUUUGUUCUGGGACUGUGUAUACUAAAAGUCAUCUUGUCAAACACCAGUGCUAUGAGUACUUAUUUACAGGGUAAGAAGGUUUUGGCAGAGCUGGAAACUCGUUUUCAAGGAAAUAACCAAGACGUGCUCUGUGCUUUGGGUGCAGUUGUUCUGAGCGAAAAACCAUCCGAGUCAGAUUACGAACUCGUUUCUAACUUCUACGGUCUUGACAAAGAUCUAAUAGAAGUUGAACAGAGACUUUUUAACCAAUUCAAACAAAUCAAAGCCAUAGAAGUUGUGCUUACAAGCAUUGCAACACACCUAUCAGUUCCUGGUUUAUCAAAUUCAGAUCAUUUGGAUAACAAGAAAUCAAAGGCCAAAAGGGGAAGACCCAAAUGUGAAAGAAAAGCAUUAGACAUUUGA